CUUCCCGAAGUUUUUCUCUCCUGAACUUUGACGCUGAUCGUCUCCGUGUGAAGCUCCGUGUUAAGGUGAAGAUAGAAAGUGUGUGUGAGCUGAAUUGAGCAGCAUGGAUCAGUGUGAGGACAGAGAGGAGGGAGUCCCUCCCUCUAAAAGCACUCUGUGUGGGGAACAUGAGAGCCAGACCAAAGCUCAGAGGAACCAACGAGGAACUAAACGCAAACACAAACCUGAACCCAGCUGUGUGUCCCUAAGGAGUGAUGCGUCUAAAGAUCUCCUCAUUGAUUUUAAAGUCCAGCCUGUGUCUGCUGCAGAGAGACUGACUGAAAUCCACAAGAAGAUGAUGAUGGAGGAAGAGGAGGACAGAGCAGAGUCUGCAGGGUCCAGCUGUCCGUCUGUGAGGAGUGACCAGUCCAAAGAUCACCCUCCAUUCUUCAGUGGUGAACCUGGACCAACGAGAGGGAGGAAGAGGAGUGGUGUUUGUGAGGAGGAGCAGCUGUCCUGCUGUGCUUUGUGUCAGGACGUCCUGAAGGAUCCAGUCUCUACCAGCUGUGGUCACUGGUUCUGCAGACAGUGCAUCUCCUCAUACUGGGACCAGUCUGCUUCAUCAGGAGACUCCUCCUGUCCCCAGUGUGGAGAAAGAUCCAGAAGCAGAGCUGGACUGCAGACAGCCAGUCAGAGCAGCUGUGAACAAACAGAUGUUGGUCUGCAGGAGGUUUUAGAUGAACAUAAGAUCAGUCUGAGGAGGAGAUGUGAACGUGUGACUGAAGGAAGUGAUGAAACAGGAAGUAGAACCCUCCUCAACAGGAUCUACACUGAGCUCUACAUCACAGAGGGACAGAGUGAAGAGGUUCAUACCCAACAUGAGGUGAGGCAGCUGGAGACAGCUUCCAAGAUGGACGCCCUCCAUGACACUCCAAUCAGGUGCCAGGACAUCUUUAAAGCCUUACCUGACCAACAGAGACCCAUCAGAGUGGUUCUGACCAACGGCGUGGCUGGUGUUGGAAAAACCUUCUCAGUGCAGAAGUUCACUCUGGACUGGGCAGAGGGCUUGGAGAACCAACAUGUCAGUGUGGUGGUUCUGCUUUCAUUCAGGGAGCUGAACCUGAUCAGAGAUGAGCAGUACAGUCUUCUGGAGCUGCUCCAUGUUUUCCAUCCAACAUUACAGAAGGUCACAGCAGAGAAGCUGGCUGUCUCUCAGCUUUUGUUCAUCUUUGACGGCCUGGAUGAAAGCAGACUUUCAUUGGAUUUCACCAACAGGAAGCUGCUGUCUGAUGUCACACAGAAGUCAUCAGUCAGCCAGCUGCUGACAAACCUCAUCCAGGGGAAUCUGCUUCCCUCGGCUCUCGUCUGGAUCACUUCCCGACCUGCAGCAGCCAAUCAGAUCCCUCCUACAUGUGUCGACAGGCUAACAGAAGUACGAGGCUUCACUGACGCCCAGAAGGAGGAGUACUUCAGGAGGAGAUUCAGUGAUGAAGAGCUGUCCAGCAGAAUCAUCUCCCACAUGAAGACAGCCAGGAGCCUCCACAUCAUGUGUAGUAUCCCAGUCUUCUGCUGGAUCACUGCUACAGUUCUGGAGCACAUGUUGACUACAGAGCAGAGAGGAGAGCUGCCCAAGACCCUGACUGACAUGUACUCACACUUCCUGCUGGUUCAGACAAAGAGGAAGAAGAACAAGUACCAUGGGGGACAUGAGACGAGUCCACAGGAGCUGACGGAGGCUGACAGGGAAGUUCUUCUGAAGCUGGGGAGGCUGGCGUUUGAACAUCUGGAGAAAGGAAACAUCAUGUUCUACCAAGAAGACCUGGAGCAGUGUGGUCUGGAUGUGACAGAGGCCUCGGUGUACUCAGGAGUUUGUACAGAGAUCUUCAAAAGAGAGUGUGUGAUCUUCCAGAAACCAGUCUACUGCUUUGUUCAUCUGAGCAUUCAGGAGUUUCUGGCUGCUGUCUACAUGUUCCACUGUCACACCAACAGGAAGACAGAAGUGCUGAACAAGUUCCUGGGACCAUCUCUGGGUGAAUCCUCUGUGGAUGAGUUUCUAAAGAGAGUCACGUAUAAAUCCCUCCAGAGUAAAAAUGGCCACCUGGACCUGUUUGUUCGCUUCCUUCAUGGCCUCUGUCUGGAGUCCAACCAGAGACUCUUAGUAGGUCUGCUGGGUCAGACAGAGAACAGUCCAGGAACCAUCCAGAGAGUCAUCAACAACCUGAAGGAGAUGAACAGUGAUAAAAUCUCUCCUGACAGAAGCAUCAACAUCUUCCACUGUCUGAUGGAGAUGAACCACCUCUCAGUACAUCAGGAGAUCCAAGAGUUCCUGAAGUCAAAGAACAGAUCAGAGGAGGAACUCUCUGAGAUCCAGUGCUCAGCUCUGGCCUUCAUGCUGCAGAUGUCAGAGGAGGUUCUGGAUGAGUUGGACCUGCAGAAGUACAACACAUCAGAGUGGGGACGACUGAGACUGAUUCCAGCUGUGAGGAACUGCAGAAAGGCUCGACUGACCCGGUGUGGACUCUCAGAGUCUCACUGUGAAGUUGUGGCCUCAGCUCUGAAGUCCAACCCUUCCCAUCUGACAGAGCUGGACAUGAGUAACAACAACCUGCAGGAUUCAGCAGUGAAGCUUCUGUGUGCUGGACUGGAGAGUCCAAACUGUCGAGUGGAGACUCUGAGAUUGUGGGACUGUGGUUUGUCAGAGAUCAGCUGUGAUUAUCUGGCAGCAGCGCUGAAGUCCAACCCCUCCCAUCUGAGAGACCUGGACCUGAGCAUCAACUUCAACCUGCAGGAUCCAGGAGUGGAGCAUCUGUGUGGUUUCCUGGAGAGUCCAGGAUGUGGACUUGAAACUCUGAGACUGAAUCACUGUGACCUGUCAGAGAGAAGCUGUGAAGCUCUGUCCUCAGGUCUCAGCUCUAAGUCCUCUAAUCUGAGACAGCUGGACCUGAGUAACAAUAACCUGAAGGAUUCAGGUGUGAAGCUUCUGUCUGAAGGACUGAAGAGUCCACAUUGUACACUGGAAACUCUCAGAGUGACUCAGUGUGGACUCUCAGAGACUCACUGUGAAGUUGUGGCCUCAGCUCUGAAGUCCAACCCUUCCCAUCUGAGAGAGCUGGACAUGAGUAACAAUCAACUGAAGGACUCAGCAGUGAAGCUUCUGUGUGCUGGACUGCAGAGUCCACACUGUGGACUGGAGACUCUGAGAUUAAGUGUCUGUAACCUCUCAGAGAGAAGCUGUGAAGCUCUGUCCUUGGGUCUCAAAUCCCAGUCCUCUAGUCUGAUAGAGCUGGACCUGAGUAACAAUGACCUGGGUGAUUCAGGAGUGAAGCUUCUGUCUGCUGGAGUGGAGAGUACACAUUGUACGCUGGAAACUUUGAGUCUGUCAGGCUGUCUGAUCACAGAGGAAGGCUGUACUUCUCUGGCCUCAGCUCUGAGCUCCAACCCCUCCCAUCUCAGAGAGCUGGACCUGAGCUACAAUCAUCCAGGAGACUCAGGAAUGAAGCUGCUGUCGGCUGGACUGAAGGAUCCAGGCUGGAGACUGGACACUCUCAGAGUUACUUCAACACAACAGACCUUAAUGAUGAUGGAGGAAGAGGAGGACAGAGCAGAGUCUGCAGGGUCCAGCUGUCCGUUUGUGAGGAGUGACGUGUCCAAAGGUCGAAAUCCUCCAGUCUUCAGUGGUGAACCUGGACCAACGAGGUCAGAGAGCUGGACUCACUGAAGGUCACAGUCUGCAGGGUCCAGCUGUCUGUCUGUGAGGAGUGACCGGUCCAAAACUCCACCUCCAGACUUCAAUGCUGAACCUGGACCAACGAGAGUGGACCAGCAGAGCUCAGAGGUUCCCAGUGGUCAGUCUGCCCAGCAGCAUCAAACACAGCUGGACUCCAUAUUUAUGCUGCUGGAGGACAACAUCAUCACUUUUGUGAAGAACGAGCUGAAGAAGAUCCAGAAGGUUCUGAGUCCAGAUUACCCAGAAUGCUUAGAGAGUCAGAGGAGCAGCAGCAGAGAGGCAUUUGUGAAGAUCACACUGAACUUCCUGAGGAGAAUGAAGCAGGAGGAGCUGGCUGACCAUCUGCAGAGCAAACUUCAAGCUGCAGUUUGUCAUCGUAACCUUAAAUCUGCUCUGAAGAAGAAGUUCCAGUGUGUGUUUGAGGGCAUCGCUAAAGCAGGAAACCCAACCCUUCUGAAUCAGAUCUACACAGAGCUCUACAUCACAGAGGGAGGGACUGCAGAGGUCAAUGAUGAACAUGAGGUCAGACAGAUUGAAACAGCAUCCAGGAAACCAGACAGACCAGAAACAACAAUCAGACAAGAAGACAUCUUUAAAGCCUCACCUGGAAGAGAUGAACCAAUCAGAACAGUGCUGACAAAGGGAGUGGCUGGCAUUGGGAAAACAGUCUUAACACAGAAAUACACCCUGGACUGGGCUGAAGACAAAGCCAACCAGGACAUCCAGUUCAUAUUUCCAUUCACUUUCAGAGAGCUGAAUGUGCUGAAAGAGGAAAAGUUCAGCUUGGUGGAACUUGUUCAUCACUUCUUUACCGAAACCAAAGAAGCAGGAAUCUGCAGCUUUGAAGACUUCCAGGUUGUGUUCAUCUUUGAUGGUCUGGAUGAGUGUCGACUUCCUCUGGACUUCCACAAAACUACAAUCCUAACUGACCCUAGAAAGUCCACCUCAGUGGAUGUGCUGCUGAUAAACCUCAUCAGGGGGAAACUGCUUCCUUCUGCUCGCCUCUGGAUAACCACACGACCUGCAGCAGCCAAUCAGAUCCCUCCUGACUGUGUGGGCAUGGUGACAGAGAUCAGAGGGUUCACUGACCCACAGAAGGAGGAGUAUUUCAGGAAGAGAUUCAGAGAUGAGGAGCAGGCCAGCAGGAUCAUCUCCCACAUCAAGACAUCACGAAGCCUCCACAUCAUGUGCCACAUCCCAGUCUUCUGCUGGAUCACUGCUACAGUUCUGGAGGAUGUGCUGGAAACCAGAGAGGGAGGGCAGCUGCCCAAGACCCUGACUGAGAUGUACAUCCACUUCCUGGUGGUUCAGGCCAAAGUGAAGAAGGUCAAGUAUGAUGGAGGAGCUGAGACAGAUCCACACUGGAGUCCAGAGAGCAGGAAGAUGAUGGAGUCUCUGGGAAAACUGGCUUUUGAUCAGCUGCAGAAAGGAAACCUGAUCUUCUAUGAAUCAGACCUGACAGAGUGUGGCAUCGAUAUCAGAGCAGCCUCAGUGUACUCAGGAGUGUUCACACAGAUCUUUAAAGAGGAGAGAGGACUGUACCAGGACAAGGUGUUCUGCUUCAUCCAUCUGAGUGUUCAGGAGUUUCUGGCUGCUCUUCAUGUCCAUCUGACCUUCAUCAAGUCUGGAAAAAAUCUGCUAGAAGACAAACAAACAACCUCGAUGUUGUCUAAGUUAAUUAGCACACCAAAAAUACAAUCUCUCCACCAGAGUGCUGUGAACAAGGCCUUACAGAGUCCAAAUGGACACCUGGACUUGUUCCUCCGCUUCCUCCUGGGUCUUUCACUGCAGACCAAUCAGACUCUCCUACGAGGUCUGAUGUCACAGACAGGAAGUAGGUCACAGACCAAUCAGGAAACAGCCCAGUACAUCAAGGAGAAGCUCAGUAAGAAUCUGUCUGCAGAGAAAAGCAUCAAUCUGUUCCACUGUCUGAAUGAACUGAAUGAUCAUUCUCUAGUGGAGGAGAUCCAACAGUCCCUGAGAUCAGGAAGUCUCUCCACAGAUAAACUGUCUCCUGCUCAGUGGUCAGCUCUGGUCUUCAUCUUACUGUCAUCAGAAAAAGAUCUGGAUGUGUUUGACCUGAAGAAAUACUCUGCUUCAGAGGAGGCUCUUCUGAGGCUGCUGCCAGUGGUCAAAGCCUCCAACAAAGCUCUACUCAGUUUCUGUAACCUCUCCGAGAGAAGCUGUGAACCUCUGUCUUCAGUUCUCAGCUCCCAGUCCUCUAGUCUGAGAGAGCUGGACCUGAGUAACAACAAGCUGAAGGAUUCAGGAGUGAAGCGUCUGUCUGCUGGGUUGAAGAGUCCACAUUUUAAACUGGAAACUCUGAGACUGAAUGGCUGUAACCUCUCACAGAGAAGUUGUGAAGCUCUGUCCUCCAUUCUCAGCUUCCAGUCCUCUAGUCUGAAAGAGUUGGACUUGAGUACCAAUGGCUUGCAGGAUUCAGGAAUAAAGAAGCUGUUCGUUGCAGUGGAGAGUCCAUACUGGAAACUGGAAACUCUCAGACUGAGCGACUGUGAUCUCUCGGAGAGAAGCUGUGAAGCUUUGUCCUCAGUUCUCAACUGUCAGUCCUGUAGUCUGAGAGAUCUGGACCUGAGUAAGAAUGAAGUUAAGGACGCAGGAGUGAAGCUUUUGUCUGUUGGACUAAAGAGUCUGUAUUGUGCACUGGAAACUCUCAGUCUGUCAGGCUGUCUGAUCACAGAAGAAGGCUGUACUUCUCUGAUCUCAGCUCUGAGCUCCAACCCCUCCCAUCUGAGAGAGCUGAACCUAAGCUACAAUCAUCCAGGAGACUCAGGAAUGAAGCUGCUGUCGGCUGGACUAAAGGAUCCAGGCUGGAGACUGGACACUCUCAGGGUGGAGCCUGCUGGAGUCCGAUGGUUGAGACCAGGUCUGAGGAAGUAUUCCUGUCAACUCACAAUCGACACAAACACAGUGAACACAAAGCUCCAACUGUCUGACAACAACAGGAAGGUGACACGUGUGGAGGAGGUUCAGUCAUAUCCUGAUCAUCCAGACAGAUUUGAUGUUUGGGUUCAGCUUCUGUGUAUAAAUGGUCUGACUGGUCGCUGUUACUGGGAGGUCGAGUGGAGAGGAAACGUUUAUAUAUCAAGUAGCAGUGUAUGUGGACUGUCCUGCUGGCACUCUGUCCUUCUACAGAGUCUCCUCUGACACUCUGAUCCACCUCCACACCUUCAACACCACAUUCACUGAAACUCUUUAUCCUGGGUUUUGGUUUAGUUCUGGUUCCUCAGUGUCCCUGUGCUGAGUGUAAAGAGUGUCUCCUGUUAGAGAAACACUCUGACUGUUGAACAGAUAGUUCAGUCUGUACAUGUCUGUCUCUUUCACUCACAAACACAUUUUCACAUUCAUGGAUUCAAUCAGUUGAUGUUUGAAACUCUUCUAAAUGAUUCCUUGUAAACUUCUUCCUCUUCAGUCCUUUAAAGAUGGAAGCUCCCAUUAUUCCAGGAUCCACAUGUUGUUUUUCUGUCUUUUUCCACUCAAAG